AUGCCUCUCCUUUCUAGCAUGACAUCUUGGUGUAAGAAGGGGUUCCAAAGUCACUUUCCUCCACUGACAUCAAUUGGAGUUGCUUCUCUGCCUGUCAUGUUCAUGGCAUUCCUUUGUAAUGUCUUGCUGGCUACCAGUGUGUCGUCUUUUGGAGGAGAAAUGGUGCUGCCUCGCUCUUAUUUCAUGAUGGAAAGAAUGUCCUUGCAGCAGUUGGUCCCUUUUCCUUUUGGUUUUAGUUACUUUUCAAGCAAAAUUGCUGUGUUAGAUUCACUAGCUGGUAAAAGGAGCAAGUGGAGAGAGCAAAGGGACUGCCGUUUGUCUAGCACAAAUGUAGAGACAUGGGUGAAAAAUGUAGUAAUUCAUAUCCCAUCAUUUCCCUUACUAAUGCAGCAGCCGAUGCUGUUGUGUAGCCUGGUAACAAUGAAGUGGUGGGACUUCUAUGUGUUCAUUAAGACAAGAGUGCAGUGUUGA